AUGGCAGAUCCGACAGUCACUCCCGAUCUUGCUUCCAUCCUUGCAACUCUCGCACAAUUCGCACCUCAGCAGCAAGAACAACAAACUUCAGCACCACCACCCGCAGCCACAACUCCCACAAUCACAGAUCCACGACUUCAGCGUCGUCUUGAAGCACAAACCUCCCAAUCAACUUCCCAGCCUUACAACCAAAUACCACAGCACCUACAACAAACCAAUGUUCAAUCACCAACACCCUAUAAUCCUCAAGCAGCAGUCUUCCAACCAGUGAUUCCCCAACAACGAGCCAUUCCACAACCAUCGAGGACAUCAACGCCUCAGCAACAGGAACAAACGAUUAUCGAUCCAGCAACUAUCACAGAAUGGACUGCAGGUCUACGUUGCGUGACCAAAAUCGCUGCUCAGAACCCUUUGUUUGCGGAAAAGAUUCGUGGUUUGAUCAACGAUCAGAGAAGAAAUGAAAUGCAAUGGUAUUCGGGCAGACAAGCACUCAAACAAGUGCAAGCAAAAAGAUGCACAUCCUCGAAUGAACUCCAAAAUAUCUUCCAGAAAAUCGGCAGCAAACCAACCCCCUCAAUCCCUCAAACACCCGAGGAAAAAGCAGCAGAACUCGCAGCCUACGAUCAAAAGCUCUACAAAGCGCAAUGCACUAUGAACGAGAGCAUGUCGCAAGUGCUCAAGCAUUUGGGCGUACCGUUUUUCGGUACUCAUGCUGCGUUGAUCUUGCCCGAUGACAAGACAAAGGCAACGGGUCAAGAUGGUAAAGAGGGUGGACAAGAUAAGGUGGUGGACGUGCAAGGAGAGAGACCAAAGUGGUCGCCGAGGGUCACGGCAAAGGAGUUGAUGGAGUUGAAGAGAAGGAUGGUCGAGUAUUUGGAGGACAUGUACAAGGCUUGA